GGCUACUGCCUCAAAUGUCCUGAGCAUGCGCAGAAGAGUGGCCCUAGUAGUAGCGACAGAGCAUGCGCGGCCAGCGAGAGGAGGAAGAAGAGGCUCAGUUUGCCCUUGAAGGAGAAGCAUCAAGAUGCAGGCAGCCUUGGAGGUAACAGCACGUCAUUGCCGCAAAGAAACUGAAGCAUAUGGCCAAUGUGUCGCGGCCAACCCUUCCUCCUGGCAGCAGGACUGCCACCAGCUCAAGGUUGAAAUGGCCAAGUGUACCUCUUCCCACCCAAUUGUACAGAAGAUUCGUCGUGAUUGUGCUGAACCAUUUGCUGCUUUUGAACAGUGCCUUAAACUAAACCAGACGUCUGUGGUGAACUGCACAGAACACGUCCAGCAGUUUUUACUCUGUGCUGACAAGGUGAAACUGGCCACAUAAGUAUGAAACAGUGAUGUCUUCUUCAGUAGUAAAUUUGUCAUUCUUCAGAGUUCUGACUAGACUAAAGGUUCCUACCAAGAAUGACAGCAGCAUCAUGUACAUCCUCAAAAUACUGUUCAGACACAGGAAUCCUUCCCAGACCUGGAUGCCAUUUGCCCAGCUAUGGUUACCCAUGUCAUCUCAGCUUGGCAUGUUGAGUUACUGCUUUUUAUGGAAAAGUCAUGGAAGCUGCAUUGGCAUGACACCAGGAUCAUAACUCUUCUUACAAAGCCAAAACUGCCUCUUGGAACCCUCUGUAUAUGUUUUCCUAUGCCUGCCCGGAUCUUACCUGGACAUGGUGCAAUAAACUGCAAAGCACAGACCAAA